AUGUCGCUGCGACCUGGUACACGAACAGAGGUGAGGAAGAAGUCAUACAAGACGGGAGUGGAUGCAGAUGAAGCAAGGAGGAGGAGAGAGGACAAUUUAGUGGAGAUCAGAAAGAAUAAAAGAGAAGAUAAUCUUUUGAAGAAAAGAAGAGAAGGUCUUUUGUUUCAGUCUCAAAGUCAGCCUUUGCUUGAUGCUGCUCAACAUGCUGCCAAUAUCGAGAAAAAGUUGGAGAGUCUUCCAGUGAUGGUCCAAGGAGUGUGGUCCGAUGAUCCUCCUUCACAGUUGGAAGCAACUACUCAGUUUAGAAAGCUUCUAUCCAUUGAGCGCAGUCCUCCAAUAGAUGAUGUAAUUAAAGCAGGUGUAGUCCCACGGUUUGUGGAGUUCCUUGGAAGGCAUGAUCUGCCCCAACUACAAUUUGAAGCUGCUUGGGCUUUGACUAAUGUUGCUUCUGGAACAUCAGAGCAUACACGAGUUGUUAUUGACCAUGGUGCUGUUCCUAUGUUUGUGCAGCUUCUUAGUUCUGGAAGUGAUGAUGUCAGAGAGCAGGCGGUAUGGGCCUUGGGCAAUGUUGCUGGUGACUCCCCAAGUUGCAGGGAUCUUGUUCUUGGUAAUGGUGCUCUGAUGCCAUUACUAGCUCAGCUAAAUGAGAAUUCAAAAUUAUCUAUGCUUAGGAAUGCUACCUGGACAUUAUCCAAUUUUUGUCGUGGCAAGCCACCAACACCAUUUGAUCAGGUGAAGCCUGCCUUGCCAGUUCUCCAGCAACUUAUCCACUUGAAUGACGAAGAAGUUCUAACAGAUGCUUGCUGGGCACUCUCCUAUCUUUCAGAUGGUCCAAAUGACAAAAUUCAGGCUGUGAUCGAUGCAGGUGUUUGUCGACGACUAGUUGAGCUUCUCCUUCAUCCAUCACCUACAGUUCUCAUUCCUGCACUUCGAACAGUUGGAAACAUUGUUACAGGCGAUGAUGGUCAGACUCAGUUUGUAAUAGAGAAUCAAGUUCUUCCUUGUCUCUACCAACUUCUCUUGCAAAAUCACAAAAAAAGUAUCAAGAAAGAAGCUUGUUGGACAAUCUCUAAUAUCACAGCUGGAAAUAGAACUCAAAUACAGGCUGUCAUCGAGGCCAAUAUUAUUCUUCCACUUGUAAACCUUCUGCAACAUGCAGAGUUUGACAUUAAGAAGGAGGCUGCCUGGGCUAUCUCAAAUGCCACCUCUGGAGGAUCUCGUGAACAAAUACAAUUUCUGGUGAGCCAGGGUUGCAUUAAACCACUCUGUGAUCUUCUUAUCUGCCCAGACCCCCGGAUUGUGACAGUCUGCCUUGAGGGGCUGGAGAACAUUCUGAAGGUGGGUGAGGCUGACAAGGAAAUGGACUUGAACGGUGGAGUCAAUCUGUAUGCACAAAUGGUUGAUGAAUGUGAUGGAUUGGAUAAGAUUGAGAAUCUGCAAACCCACGACAACAAUGAGAUUUAUGAGAAGGCGGUGAAGAUUUUGGAGAGAUACUGGGCUGAGGAAGAAGAUGGAGAGCCAAUUGUCCAAGAUGGUGGUGAUGGAAAUCAGCAAGGUUUUGCUUUUGGAACCAACCAGCCUAGUGUUCCUCAAGGUGGCUUCAAGUUUGGGUGA